CCCGCGCCGCGGCGGGCAUGAUAGCAAGCUCCCGGAGAUCCCACGCUGCUGUUUUACUUGUGUGUAGGCGCCGUGGUGCGUGAGACGAACAGGACGGCGCCGGCCCAACAGUCUCCGGCCCGAGCGAUGGCGCUGUUCCGGGGAAUGUGGGGCGUGCUAAGAGCACUGGGGUGCGCGGGGGUCGAGAUGUGCGCGGGCUGCGGGGGCAGGAUACCCUCGCAUAUCAGCCUUGUCUGUAUCCCGAAGUGUUUUUCCACCUUGGAUAAUUAUCCAAAGAAACCUAUGAGUUCAUACCUUCGAUUUUCUACAGAACAGCUACCCAAAUUUAAGGCUAAACACCCAGAUGCAAAACUUUCAGAACUGGUUAGAAAAAUUGCAGCCCUGUGGAGGGAGCUACCAGAAGCAGAAAAAAAGGUUUAUGAAGCGGAUUUUAAAGCUGAAUGGAAAGCAUACAAAGAAGCUGUGAGCAAGUAUAAAGAACAGCUAACUCCAAGUCAACUGAUGGGUUUCGAGAGGGAAGCCCGGCAGAAACGUUUAAAAAAGAAAGCACUAGUGAAAAGGAGAGAAUUAGUUUUGCUUGGAAAACCAAAAAGACCUCGGUCAGCAUAUAACAUUUACGUAUCUGAAAGCUUCCAGGAGGCUAAGGAUGACUCAGCUCAGGGAAAAUUGAAGGCUGUAAAUGAGGCUUGGAAAAAUCUAUCUCAUGAAGAAAAGCAGGCGUAUAUUCAGCUUGCUAAAGAUGAUAGAAUUCGUUACGACAAUGAGAUGAAGUCUUGGGAAGAGCAAAUGGCUGAAGUUGGACGAAGUGAUCUCAUCCGUCGCAGUGUGAAACGAUUAGGAGACAUCUCUGAGAAUUAAGAUAGAGGACGGAGUUGUCCUUGGAGUUAGGCACAAGAAACCAGUUAGGUCUCAAAGCCUUAAAUUGUCACACUAGCAAGGAUAAAGGUGGUUAACCUUUGACAUUCAGUUCGUUUUUCUGUAGCCCAUGGACUUCUGCCAUUUCUGCCCGUUGAAUGCAUUUCUGUUAAUGUUUUGAGCCUUGACAGUAGAAGAUCGUGCUGAGUUCUGCCUUUUGCUUAAGAACUGGACUGGAGACUGUCCAUGCAUCCACAUGCAGUGGUGAGUCAUUCUGUUCGAGGGAGUAGAUAGACUGUGACGGGACUUUCAUACUGGUGACAGGUGCGUGUGGUUUUGUGAAGUUUUUACACUGAUGACCAUUACAUAUGGGUGUGUCCCCUUGUGUCCCAGGCCCACAGCUGCUCUCACGGCUGUGGCAGAGCUUUGAAUAAUUGCAUUUUCAAAGAAGCUUCCAGGCUUUACUAGAUGAAGUGAUUCCGAGACAUAGAUCAUGUGCAGAGCUGAUGUUUGUACAUAAGAAGUGAUUGCUGAUGUCCUGAUAGCGUUUUAUAGUAGGAAUGGGGAGAGUCACAAAGCUUUCUCAAAUUAAGAAAUUAUGUACCAAGUCUAUGCAUAUGUUUUUAUUGCAUAGAAUAAAAACUCUAAUUUUUCAAACAUGUUUCUGAAUUACGUAUUUUAAGAUGAACCAUUUGGGAAAAGUUUUUUCUUUUUAAAUUUAGGUAGGGACUUGAUUUUUAUGAAUUACUUUUCAUUUGAGAGUAUUCAUAGAGCUUGUGUGGUAUACAUUUUUAAAUGAGAAAAUGUGAAAAUCGAGUGUCCAGAGUCAGAAAUCUGAGAUUAUCCAUGACAGCUAAAGGCCUGUGUAGGAGAAAGCCAACUGUGUUGCACUGGCCAAGUCCAGCCCACUGGCUAACUGCUUUUCAGGGCUUAUUCAUCAAGAAAUGUAAUGAUGUUCUAAAUUGGUUUUUUAAAGGGAAAGUAUCAAUGUGAAAAUUAUUAUGACCUUUAGUGUUUCUGAAUAGAAUUUCUUGGAACACAACCACAUGCUUUCUUGGGUUUGUUGUGUGUGGGUGCUCUGUGCUCCAGAGACGACACUGGGAAGCCACAGCGGACAGGGAUGGCCCUUUGUAGACAGUUUGCCACCAUGGUUUGUAGCAUGGGUGUUUCAUGGCUGCUGGGCAUACAAGGCUGUUUUCCUCAGAUGUCCUUAAUGUUUUUGUGAUGCUGUCACCAUAUCUUGGGGUCAUCGCUGGCUCCCUAUAUGCCUAACUAUUCUCGGUGUUAGCAAAGAAAAUAUUCUUUAGCCUGGAGUACUGGUAUAGCACAGUACAGAAGGCCGCUGUAUGGAGUGAAGCCCUCCUAAUCUUUACUGUUGCACAGGAGAAAGUGUCUUCCCCACUUUGAGAUGGCACAUCCCACAAGCCCUUGCCAAGCCAGAGCCAACACUCUUUAGUAUCUGUCUUGUAGAGAACACGGGACUUCAGCCACCGCACCACUGAGCGGAUCUCAGAGACACAGGGCAACACAGAGUUCAUCCCCAUAUAUGUUAGGUAUUGAGGAGGUUUAGAGAUUGUUCAUUAGGAUAAGAAGUUUGCAGUCACUGAACUUGACCAGGUAGGAACAGAAGAACACAUGGAGGAGAGAUGUAAGAGUUAUAUGUGUAAAACGGUAUUUGAGCUGGGUAGAAAACUCGCCUAGAAUGUUCAAGGCCUUGGAUCCAAAUCCCAGAACUGCAACUCUCCCCACGAGAUAAUCAGAAUUUUGAAGAUAAAUUUUUAAGAAACGGUAAUUUUUCCCAUGGAUUGGAAUUCAGGCCUGUAGCAGGCAUAGUGUGACGAUGGUGGACGGAGGCCAGCAUGAGCUGGUCUUAGUCUUUCCGAAGUGCAAUUGCAGGAGAGACGUGAGCUCUGCUCUCCCAUGGUCUCUGGAAAGGAACUCCAUGCUGUCCUUAGAACGGAGAAAAUGGAGACUCAGAGCAUUGACCAUGUGCUUCAGAGCUUCUCAGGAGCAGCAAGCACUACAGAGAUACAGUGAUACGGAGAUGCCCAGAACUCUAAGCUCAUAACCACUUAGCCCCACUCAUAGCUUCCCAGGCACAGUGGAGAGUGCUCAAGACCUCGAAGCUCAGUCUAGGAAGGGAACAGGACAUGUAGAGAGGCCCUGAUCAAAGCCACUUCAUGGUACUUGCUUGAGUUUGGUUUUCCUUGUUUGUAAAAGAAGCUUACUGUUCACACUGUAA